CUCCCCGCGGUCCCAGCCUCUCCAGGCGCUGCUGGGCGCUGAUUGGCGGCUGCGCUGACAGCAGGCGGGGCCUGGAAGUCGCGGCCAAGCCCGCCCUCGCGUAUAAGCCCCUCUCAGCGCUCUCUCUCCAUCUCUCCCCUCUCUUUCUCUCUCGCUGCUCCCUUCCUCCCUGUAACUGAACAGUGAAAAUUCACAUUGUGGAUCCGCUAACAGGCACAGAUGUCAUGUGAAAACGCACAUGCUCUGCCAUCCACACCGCCUUUCUUUCUUUUCUUUCUGUUUCCUUUUUUCCCCCUUGCUCCUUCUCCCUCUUCUUUGUAACUAACAAAACCACCACCAACUCCUCCUCCUGCUGCUGCCCUUCCUCCUCCUCCUCAGUCCAAGUGAUCACAAAAGAAAUCUUCUGAGCCGGAGGCGGUGGCAUUUUUUAAAAAGCAAGCACAUUGGAGAGAAAGAAAAAGAAAAACAAAACCAAAACAAAACCCAGGCACCAGACAGCCAGAACAUUUUUUUUUCACCCUUCCUGAAAACAAACAAACAAACAAACAAUCAUCAAAACAGUCACCACCAACAUCAAAACUGUUAACAUAGCGGCGGCGGCGGCAAACGUCACCCUGCAGCCACGGCGUCCGCCUAAAGGGAUGGUUUUCUCGGCAGAGCAGCUCUUCGCCGACCACCUUCUUCACUCGUGCUGAGCGGGAUUUUUGGGCUCUCCGGGGUUCGGGCUGGGAGCAGCUUCAUGACUACGCGGAGCGGGAGAGCGGCCACACCAUGCGAGCACAAAUUGAAGUGAUACCAUGCAAAAUUUGUGGCGAUAAGUCCUCUGGGAUCCACUACGGAGUCAUCACAUGUGAAGGCUGCAAGGGAUUCUUUAGGAGGAGCCAGCAGAACAAUGCCUCUUAUUCCUGCCCAAGGCAGAGAAACUGUUUAAUUGACAGAACCAACAGAAACCGUUGCCAACACUGCCGACUGCAGAAGUGUCUUGCCCUAGGAAUGUCAAGAGAUGCUGUGAAGUUUGGGAGGAUGUCCAAGAAGCAAAGGGACAGCCUGUAUGCUGAGGUGCAGAAGCACCAGCAGCGGCUGCAGGAACAGCGGCAGCAGCAGAGUGGGGAGGCAGAAGCCCUUGCCAGGGUGUACAGCAGCAGCAUUAGCAACGGCCUGAGCAACCUGAACAACGAGACCAGCGGCACUUAUGCCAACGGGCACGUCAUUGACCUGCCCAAGUCUGAGGGUUAUUACAACGUCGAUUCCGGUCAGCCGUCCCCUGAUCAGUCAGGACUUGACAUGACUGGAAUCAAACAGAUAAAGCAAGAACCUAUCUAUGACCUCACAUCCGUACCCAACUUGUUUACCUAUAGCUCUUUCAACAAUGGGCAGUUAGCACCAGGGAUAACCAUGACUGAAAUCGACCGAAUUGCACAGAACAUCAUUAAGUCCCAUUUGGAGACAUGUCAAUACACCAUGGAAGAGCUGCACCAGCUGGCGUGGCAGACCCACACCUACGAAGAAAUUAAAGCGUAUCAAAGCAAGUCCAGGGAAGCACUGUGGCAACAAUGUGCCAUCCAGAUCACUCACGCCAUCCAAUACGUGGUGGAGUUUGCAAAGCGGAUAACAGGCUUCAUGGAGCUCUGUCAAAAUGAUCAAAUUCUACUUCUGAAGUCAGGUUGCUUGGAAGUGGUUUUAGUGAGAAUGUGCCGUGCCUUCAACCCAUUAAACAACACUGUUCUGUUUGAAGGAAAAUAUGGAGGAAUGCAAAUGUUCAAAGCCUUAGGUUCUGAUGACCUAGUGAAUGAAGCAUUUGACUUUGCAAAGAAUUUGUGUUCCUUGCAGCUGACCGAGGAGGAGAUCGCUUUGUUCUCAUCUGCUGUUCUGAUAUCUCCAGACCGAGCCUGGCUUAUAGAACCAAGGAAAGUCCAGAAGCUUCAGGAAAAAAUUUAUUUUGCACUUCAACAUGUGAUUCAGAAGAAUCACCUGGAUGAUGAGACCUUGGCAAAGUUAAUAGCCAAGAUACCGACCAUCACGGCAGUUUGCAACUUGCACGGGGAGAAGCUGCAGGUAUUUAAGCAAUCUCAUCCAGAGAUAGUGAAUACACUGUUUCCUCCGUUAUACAAGGAGCUCUUUAAUCCUGACUGUGCCACCGGCUGCAAAUGAAGGGGACAAGAGAACUGUCUCAUAGUCAUGGAAUGCAUCACCAUUAAGACAAAAGCAAUGUGUUCAUGAAGACUUAAGAAAAACGUCACUACUGCAACAUUAGGAAUGUCCUGCACUUAAUAGAAUUAUUUUUCACCGCUACAGUUUGAAGAAUGUAAAUAUGCACCUGAGUGGGGCUCUUUUAUUUGUUUGUUUGUUUUUGAAAUGACCAUAAAUAUACAAAUAUAGGACACUGGGUGUUAUCCUUUUUUUAAUUUUAUUCGGGUAUGUUUUGGGAGACAACUGUUUAUAGAAUUUUAUUGUAGAUAUAUACAAGAAAAGAGCGGUACUUUACAUGAUUACUUUUCCUGUUGAUUGUUCAAAUAUAAUUUAAGAAAAUUCCACUUAAUAGGCUUACCUAUUUCUAUGUUUUUAGGUAGUUGAUGCAUGUGUGAAUUUGUAGCUGUCUUGGAAAGUACUGUGCAUGUAUGUAAUAAGUAUAUAAUAUGUGAGAAUAUUAUAUAUGACUAUUACUUAUACAUGCACAUGCACUGUGGCUUAAAUACCAUACCUACUAGCAAUGGAGGUUCAGUCAGGCUCUCUUCUAUGAUUCACCUUCUGUGUUAUAUGUUACCUUUAUGUUAGACAAUCAGGAUUUUGUUUUCCUAGCCAGAGUUUUCAUCUAUAGUCAGUGGCAGGACGGUACCAACUCAGAGUUAAGUCUACAAAGGAGUAAACAUAAUGUGUGGCCUCUAUAUACAAACUCUAUUUCUGUCAGUGACAUCAAAGCCUUGUCAAGAUGGUUCAUAUUGGGAAGGAGACAGUAUUUUAAGCCAUUUUCCUGUUUCAAGAAUUAGGCCACAGAUAACAUUGCAAGGUCCAAGACUUUUUUGACCAAACAGUAGGUAUUUUCUAUUUUUCACCAGAACACAUAAAAACACUUUUUUUCUUUUGGAUUUCCGGUUGUGAAAGAAGCUUGAUUUCAGUGCUUAUUGUGUCUUCAACUGAAAAAUACAAUCUGUGGAUUAUGACUACCAGCAAUUUUUUUCUAGGAAAGUUAAAAGAAUAAAUCAGAACCCAGGGCAACAAUGCCAUUUCAUGUAAACAUUUUCUCUCUCACCAUGUUUUGGCAAGAAAAGGUAGAAAGAGAAGACCCAGAGUAAAGAAGUAAUUCUUUAUAUUCCUUCUCUUUAAUAUAUUUGUUAGGAAAAGUGGCAAUAAAGGGGGAGGCAUAUUAUAAAAUGCUAUAAUAUAAAAAUGUAGCAAAAACUUGACAGACUAGAAAAAAAAAGAUCUGUGUUAUUCUAGGGAACUAAUGUACCCCAAAGCCAAAACUAAUUCCUGUGAAGUUUACAAUUAUAUCAUCCAUUUACCCUAGAAUUAUUUUUUAGCAACUUUUAGAAAUAAAGAAUACAAGUGUGACAUUAGGAUCAGAGAUUUUAGACUUCCUUGUACAAAUUCUCACUUCUCCACCUGCUCACCAAUGAAAUUAAUCAUAAGAAAAGCAUAUAUUCCAAGAAAUUUGUUCUGCCUGUGUCCUGGAGGCCUAUACCUCUGUUAUUUUCUGAUACAAAAUAAAACUUAAAAAAAAGAAAA